GCCGCGCUCCGGGCUCGGAGCUCCGCACCCUGGGCUCGCCGCCUCCCGGGCCGGCUCCGCGCCCCGCACCCGGCGCCCCGGCGGGCGCAGCGCACCAUGCCGCAACUGGACUCGGGCGGGGGCGGCGCGGGCGCAGGAGACGACCUCGGCGCGCCUGACGAGCUGCUGGCCUUUCAAGACGAAGGCGAGGAACAGGACGAUAAGAAUCGCGACAGCGCCGCGGGCCCCGAGCGGGACCUGGCAGAGCUCAAGUCCUCACUGGUGAAUGAGUCCGAAGGCGCGGCCGCAGGCGCCGGGGUCCCGGGUCCCGGCGUCCGAGUACAUGGAGAAGCCGAUGGAGCGCCCGAGGCCCUGGGACGAGAGCACACUUCGCAGAGACUUUUCUCGGACAAACUUCCAGAGUCCCUAGAGGACGGCCUGAAGGCCCCAGAGUGUGCCAGUGGCAUGUACAAAGAGACUGUCUACUCUGCCUUCAAUCUGCUCAUGCACUACCCACCGGCCUCGGCCUCGGGAGCAGGGCAGCAUCCCCAGCCUCAACCCCCGCUGCAUAACAAGCCUGGCCAGCCCCCACAUGGCGUCCCCCAACUUUCUCCACUCUAUGAACAUUUCAGCAGUCCACACCCCAACCCUGCACCAGCGGACAUCAGCCAGAAGCAAGGAGUUCACAGGCCGCUGCAGACCCCCGAUCUCUCUGGAUUUUAUUCUCUGACCUCAGGCAGCGUGGGACAGCUCCCCCAUACUGUGAGCUGGCCCAGCCCUCCUCUCUACCCCCUGUCCCCUUCCUGCGGAUAUAGACAGCACUUCCCUGCCCCCACUGCAGCCCCUGGCGCCCCCUACCCCAGGUUCACGCACCCAUCCUUGAUGCUGGGAUCUGGUGUACCUGGACACCCAGCAGCCAUCCCUCACCCAGCCAUUGUGCCCUCCUCAGGGAAGCAAGAGCUGCAGCCCUAUGACAGAAGCCUGAAAACACAGGCAGAACCCAAGGCAGAGAAGGAGGCUAAGAAGCCAAUCAUCAAAAAACCCCUCAAUGCUUUCAUGCUUUACAUGAAGGAGAUGAGAGCCAAGGUCAUUGCGGAGUGCACACUCAAGGAAAGUGCUGCCAUCAACCAGAUCCUGGGUCGCAGGUGGCAUGCACUAUCUCGAGAAGAGCAGGCCAAGUACUAUGAACUGGCCCGAAAGGAAAGGCAGCUGCACAUGCAGUUAUACCCAGGCUGGUCAGCACGGGAUAACUACGGAAAGAAGAAGAGGCGGUCAAGGGAGAAGCAUCAGGAAUCCACCACAGGAGGAAAAAGAAAUGCAUUCGGUACUUACCCGGAGAAGGCCGCUGCCCCAGCCCCGUUCCUUCCGAUGACAGUGCUCUAGGCUGUCCCCGGUCCCCAGCUCCCCAGGACUCACCCUAUCUUCUGCUGCCCUCCUUCCCCACAGAACUGCUUGCUAGCCCAGUGGAGCCAGCGUCAACAUUCUCAGGUCGCUCUGCAGCUCUUACUCUUCCAGCCCCUCAGUCUCCAAAGACCCCCCACAGCACCCUCCAGAACACACAAAUACAGCAACAAGAACCUCAGAGACAGGCAGCCUAACAGCCUUAGUUGCUAGGCACAGAACACCUGGCUUGCUCCAGGGGCCCACCCCUAACUGAGGAGGAAGCAACAAGACCAGCUCCCAUGGAACCAGCUAGGGGUCCUCUUAAGGUGGUCAAGAUUUCAAAGGCUGCACAACUCCCUGAACCAGGGGCCAUCCAUUCAAGAGGUGAGGGAUCAGAUCUAUGUAGCUGUAACAUCUUAAGGGGAAUCCUGCUGCCUGUGUCAGCCAUAUCUCUUAUUACUGGCUGGACAUCCCCAUUGUCCUAGUAGGUUUUGUUUUUGCUGUAGGUCAGAUGGGCUGGACUGACCUCUUCAGCUGCCUACUCUACAAAUGCUUCUCUUGCCCUCUGCCACACCUUCCCCAUGCCAAUACUUCCUGGACCAAGAAUACCUGGUUUGCCACACAAAAUAACUGUGGUUGACCAGCCACAAGUCUAAACAAUAAUGCUUCUCUCUUAAGGAAACUGAGAAGCUCUGUUUACAAAAAACAGCUGCUGUUUAUAAGCUGGGCCAGAGGAAGCGUCUUAACUGUGUUCUCAGGAGCUUGCAAGAAGAGGGAAUAGAAUACGUUUAGGCCUUUCAAUCUUGGCAACAUAACACAGACCUACCUACUGGGGCAGUCUAGCUUUCAUUUCAAUCUUUCCUGAGAAGCUUACCAGCAUUAAAAACUACAGUCAAUAAAUUAAAGUUGGCUUAAAUCCAGUGUGCACCCUUCCCUAUCAGGUUCUUCCCAGUUCCAUCCCAGCCCUUCUGUCAGCUGAGUCAGCUCCUAGGCAGCUGUGAGGGCAAAUCCCAAUCCACCAACAGCCGGAGCCCCUCCCAGCACUGAGAGCCAGGCAGCUUCAAUUUCUCUGUGGGGCUGCAGGAAGAGAUGUUACUACUAAAGCAAGGAGCCCAUAAAACCUCUCUGGUGGACAUGGUUCCUUGCCACAUUCUAAAAACUCUUUUUGAGCCAAACUUAACCCUGAGCCUUGAAAAACAAGUUUUUUGUUUGUUUGUUUUAACCUUUUUGUUGUUUUGCAUUCUCACUGUGUAUAGCGUGAAUCCAAAGAAAAUGAAAAGGGGUUAUCCAAUUAUUCCACAAACAAAACAAAACAAAACAACAAAAAAAAAAACCCUUUAGUUCCGACUUUAGUCCUCAUUUCUCAAUCCAAAGAUCAUGUUUCUAGUGUAGUGUUAAAAGUCUGGCCAAGUGUGGUAGUGUGCACCUGUAAUCCCAGCACUGGGAGACAGAGGCAGGGGGACCUCUGUGAAUUCC